AUGGGAUUACGGCCGCUCGGCGCGGGGCACGGCUCGGCGCCUCCCCCGCGGGGCGCCGCCGCCCCGGCUCGCCCGACCCAGUCCCGCUGGAGGGGUCGCGGCGUCCCCUGCCGGGAGGCCCCCGCGCCGCCGGGGUCGCUCGGCAGCCCGGCCCUGCCCGCGGGGAGGGCGCUCAGGACGCCCCCCUGGGUACCAUGGGGCACUGUGUCACCCCUUCCUCAGCGAGGACCCUGCCGCCCCCCGCCUUCGGCCCCGAUGCGCCCUGCGCGACCCCAACCCCAGCGCGGCUCUCCCCAGGGAGCAUCGGCAUUUGUCAUGGGUUUCUUCCUUUUUUUUUCCCUCCGAAGGUGCGGGGCUGAAAUGCUAGCCAACUGCUGGGGCGAAGGCGAAGCUAGGAAGAGGAUUUGUUUUAGGAGAUUAUCUCUGCAGCCAUGUAAGCUGGCAACCUGCCUUCUGCUGCGAUGAAGCAGGAUAUUCAGUU